CCUCGUGUUCUUAACCAGGAUGGAGUCGGGAUCGAGGGAAAACCUAAGAACAGGGAGAUCAGAAACAAGAACUCUACUUCUCCUAUUACUAGUACGGUGAGAAAUCGCGCUGGCGCAAUCGAGGGCAAAAACCUCGGCUCCUCGACCAGCAGCAGACCUCCCUUGCCUUAUGAUACCAAGUAUGAAGUACCGAGGGAUUUAAUAAUUCGACCAGCUCCUGGGCUCGGGGCGCUUUCGGCACGUGUAUCCGCGCCUACAGUCCUCAACCUCCGGACGGGGAAGCCGCCCGCACUACAGUGGCUGGUCAAGAUGACGAGGUCACACCUCAAGAUCAUGUUGCACAUCGGGCGUCACAUGAACAUCGUCAACCUUUUAGGCGCAUGUUCAAAGCACUUCGCCUCGAAGGGUCAAGGCGUAACUGUUGCUCUUAGUCGAAUAUUGCAAGCACGGAAACAUCCUCGGUUCAUUGUGGCGGCAUCGCAAGGAAGGCGUGGACCAGAUGGAGCAAAAAAUGGCAACGCAGACCACAGAAUGCGACACAGGGCUGGAUUUGGUCAGGGCAAGUGGCAAAUAAUAGGCGAGGACAUCGAGCGCCCUCAAGAACGCUCACGUCCACUUCGGGCCGGAAGCCGUUCGCGACCACAACGAUCACAGCUCCAACGGCAGUCACUCCGGGAAGACGCUUUGGUUGAACGUCGAAUACGGGCGCCCCCGGCGGGUUCGCAGAUGAGCUCGGCCUCCUGCAGCGACCAGUAUCUGGCGUCCGACAUGAGCACGCUCACCUGGGUAAAGAUCGCCAGCACUCUUUUUUCAGUUGGGAAAAGUAGCCUUGGAUCUGAGGAAGACUUUUUACUGUCCAGUCGCUCAGGAGCUUCCGAAACGAGCUUCUGUACCCGAAGUUGUCUCCUGUGGGCCUUCCAGAUCGAAGGGAUGGAGUACCUCGCUUUCAAGAAGGUUCUUCAUGGAGAUCUGGCCGCAAGGAAUAUUCUUCUGACGGAAGACAAUGUUGUCAAAAUCAGUGACUUUGGAUUAGCUAAAGACAUCUACAGAAAAGAGAAUUAUCACAAAAAGAGUAAAGGCCCGAUGCCGGUUAAAUGGCUGGCUAUAGAAUGCUUGCGAGAAGGCAUUUUCUCCACACAGAGUGACGUCUGGUCCUUCGGUGUCGUGCUCUGGGAGAUAUUCAGCCUGGGACAGAACCCUUACGCUGGCGUCGAGUUUGAUGAAACCUUCAUUGCCAAAGUUGAAGAGGGAGUCAGGCUGGAGAAACCUAAAUAUGCCACUUUUAACAUGUACUGCACGAUGCGAGACUGCUGGGCAAAAAACCCUCUUGACAGGCCCUCCUUCCCAGACCUGGAGGCAAGACUGAGCGCGAUGAUUGGGGAGGCAAACAGACAGCACUUCCUCGAGCUCAACCAGCCGUACCAGAAUGAUAACUCCGACAGCGCUUUCAUAAGUCGUCUGCAAAGUCCUGAUUACUCUGUCAAAGUCCACGAAGGAAGGACAACUGGCAGAGACAAUAGCAAUGAGGUCCUUUCCAGCCCCGGCCUGUGUGGGGAUAUUAGUCUACCCGCCACCUCUCCCCCCGGCAACACGAGUCCCGAUCAGAUUCCAAGAGGUGGUCCUGCCGGAAAUUACUUGACCAUGUCCAGCCUCGCCUCAGGUCGCAGUGAGCGACCCCACGCUGACCUCAAGGCUGAGGCUGAGGGGAGUGGCACUAUGCUGGGCGGCGAGGGCUUGGGCGGGCACAGCGCCAGUGGACUAGACGUUCCGGCAAUGCAAAAUAACCCAGGAUACUACCAGAAUCUAUCUAUCCCGGCGUCAAAGGAGAGGGACGGCCUUACCACAGGAGGCGCCUUCUGCGAGGAAACAAGUGUUUAAGAACCAUAGGGGUGGAGAGGCACUU